GUUCUUACUGGGAGAAGGAAAACUUAAUGAGUCUAUAUAAAGCUUGUUGGGUUUCAGAUUUGGUACUGAAAUUAAUUAUUUGUUGAUAUUCAUUGGCAAGUGUAUUCAGACAACUUGUCAAAGGUACUUACAAGCUCCUUCCUUCAAAUCUUUCUAUACAAAGAAAUUUUGAACGAUGGUUACGGUGGAAGAGAUAAUGAGAGCACUCGAAAGUGGAGUUAUAAUGGAGCAAAAGGGACAAGUAUUUGAGGCAGAUGAAGAUGCAUAUGACGGUAUGAAUGUCCACAUCAAGGAGUCAAUGGAUUCUAACCACUUCAUUACUAAGCUUAGAGCAUCAAUUACACAAUGGACAAAACAGGGAAAGACGGCUGUUUGGAUUAAAUUGCCUAUAGAACAUGCCAACCUAGUUAACGCUGCAGUCAAGGAAGGAUUUUGGUAUCACCAUGCAGAGCCAACAUACUUGAUGUUGGUGUACUGGAUUCCUCAAACUCCUAAUACUAUUCCUGCAAAUGCUUCUCAUAGAGUUGGUGUUGGGGCUCUUGUCAUCAAUGAUAACGGAGAGGUAUUAGUGGUCCAAGAAAAAAAUGGGACAUUUAGGGGCACCGGAGUGUGGAAACUUCCUACUGGGGUUGUUGAUGAGGGGGAAGGUAUAUGUGAUGCUGCUGUAAGAGAAGUAAACGAAGAAACGGGAAUCAGAGCAGAAUUUGUAGAGCUACUUGCAUUCAGGCAAAGCCAUAAAUCAUUCUUCGGAAAGUCGGAUUUAUUCUUUGUUUGCAUGCUAAAACCACUCUCUUAUAAGAUCCAGAAGCAAGAUUCUGAAAUUGAGGGAGCACAGUGGAUGCCUAUGGAGGAAUAUGCAGCUCAAGCUUUUACAAUGUAAUGCUAAAAAAUAAAUUAAAAUAAUUGCUGACAGGUCAUUUUUCGGGCUAGAAACUUGAUCUUUUGGUGAAUACUUUAAUUUGUGGAUAAUUAACACAUGGUUCAGUGAUUUUAAUGAGACCAAAAAUUUAUUUUUGAGGCUUUACGAAUACAACAUGAAAGCUUAGUAACUUUGAUGAGACAAAAAUUAGUUUUAUGACUUUACUGAUACAUAUAAGUAAAGUUUAGUGACCAUUAGUGAAUUUAACCCCUGAAGUUUCCUUAGUUUAAUAUAUUUAAAGUAUGAUUUAAAAAGAUUAAUUAGUUUUAGUUUUUUUCAGUAGGGAGAUUUGUAGGUGAAAUUCAAUAUGAUUGGCUUUUAAUUUGAUCAUUAAACUAGCAUUUAAGUUUUAUUUAUGCCAA